CGCCAGGCUACUUGCUUUUCCUACUACAGCUCGGCUCAGUUCAACCAUCGCCAACCUUGAAUAUUGUAUUGCUACAAACAUGCGGUUGAUGGAGAUGCCGCUUGAUAGAGCGCGGCCUGCGCGCACCUGCGCCGUGGUGGCGGCCAUGGUAGCGGCGGCGGCGCACGGCCGGGCGGCGGCAGUGGCGGCACAGAGCCUGGCGGCGGCGGCAGUGGCCCUGGGCCCAGCAGUGGCCUUCCGCUCUGGUCUACGUACGCAUUAGUUCCGCAACACUCGUCAAUGGCGGUAGCGGAGGGGGCCGGCAAGGCCAAGUGGAGGAGGAGAGCACGGAGCUGUCCGAGAAGCGGCGCCAGCAGCGCGCAGGUCGAGACCUGCCGGUGUCUGGUUAGCAGUCUUGGCUGGCGAGCAUAGCGUGGCACGGUGUGUGGUACGUUGUAAUGCUGUUUGGUC